AUGGCGUCUGAGAAAACUGAGGAUAAACAAUCUUCACGAUCUGUAAAGUAUUUCUCUGUAAUUAUUGCAUUGUUCGGCACAUUUACCAUCUCACUAUUAACUAUGGCAGCGGUUAUGAAACCACCAAAUAAUAGUGAAGCAAACGAAGGAGAAGAAGAUCAGAGGAGUGAUGAAUUAUUUAGAAAUGGAAUGAUGUUCAGUAGUCUUAUGAUUAUUAUUAUCCUCCUUGUAUUAGGUCGAUUAUAUAAUGAAUCUGAAAUGUUUAAAGAAGAUGAGAAAGAACCUGAAGAUAAGGCAGCAUUGUUUGAAAAAGACUCAAAAGAUGAUGCGCAUCUGUUGGCCGCCUAA